GCGCUGCUCUGCGCGCCCGCCGGCCUCUGCCUCCGCGUGCUCAGCGGUCAAAAGGUGUGUUAUGGUGAUUUCAAGAAUCCCUGUUACAAGAUAGCGUAUUUCCAGGAUGUGUCUAGACGAGUGGGCUUUCAGGAGGCCCGUCAAGCCUGUAAAAUUGAUGGUGGAGCUCUUCUGAGCCUGGAAAGUGAAGUGGAACAGAAACUAAUAGAAAACUUGUUACAAAAUCUCACUAAGUCAGGCUCUGGAAUUUCUGAUGGUGAUUUUUGGAUUGGACUGUGGAGAAAUGGAGAGGGGCAAGCUACAUCAAAUGCUUGCCCUGACCUCUACCAAUGGGCUGAUGGAAGCACUUCACCAUUCAGAAAUUGGUACACAGAUGAGCCUUCCUGUGGAAGUGAAGCUUGUGUUGUGAUGUAUCAUCAACCAACUGCCAACCCUGGCCUGGGGGGGCUUUAUCUUUAUCAGUGGAAUGAUGACCGAUGCAACAUGAAGCACAAUUACAUCUGCAAGUAUGGUCCAGAUUAUGUCCUAGAGAAAGAAUUAGGAGACAGAGCAGAACCAGAUUAUGAGGUUUUUCCACCAGUGACAUCAGGAAGCCCUUCCGAUGCAAGCAAACCAGAAGAUCACUAUCAUGUUGUUGUUACUGAAACAGGUUUAAUUCCAAAUCUAAUUUAUGUUGUUAUACCAACUAUACCACUGCUGCUAUUGAUAUUAGUGGCUUUUGGGACUUGCUGUUUCCAGAUGCUACAUAAAAGUAAAGGAAGAACAAAAACCAGUCCAAACCAGUCCACACUAUGGAUUUCAAAGAACACCAGGAAGGACAGUAGCAUGGAGGUAUAAAGAUUUAAUGACUGAAAAUGAAGCAAAAACUAACAUUUUACAGUCAGGCUGUAUUGCAGUGUCAUCUCAGAACAUUAGCUUGGAAUGGCUUGAAAUGCAAAGGAUCAGCAAGAUGAACUGUAAGCUCCCCCUUGAGGCAACUCUUCAGAUCAUUUUUAUAUGUAAUGUUUGAUUAUUAAUUCCGUAAGACAACAUGCCAUGCUAAAUAAAGAAAGAGUAUGUGUUUAUUUUGCUAAGAGGAGUAACUCAGCUACAAGUGAAUGAUGAAAUGAACAAUGCAGUUUAAGUUUAUAUGGGGAAAUCUCUACAGUAUGUGUCAGUUUUAAAGAUUUGUUUGUAGUUAACCACAUUUUUGUUUUAGUCCUUCAUACAUUGUAUCUUAGCUCAUUACUGUAAACUGAAUGGACAAAUUUAGUGUAUCAAAAUUAUUUAUCUUUGCAUAAACAUUUGAUAAAAAAUG